AUGACGGAGAAUAGGCCAAGAAUGAAGACCAAUGAUCUUUAUGUUUUUGAACUCCCGGAGGAAAUUUUUAGAUCGCUCGAGUUGAUGGUUUUCGACAGCACCGUGACCGAAAUAGAAACUGACCAACGAAAGUCUCUCACUAAGGCAGACUUGGACCAACAAAAUGAGACUCUUGACUUACAGGGUGGAUGUCGCACUUGCGAAAACGCUCUGGGUUCAACACCCGAGCGAAAGGCGCACUACAAGACAGAUUAUCAUCGCUUUAACAUCAAACGCAAGCUCAACAACUUGCCUCCCAUAAGUUCAGACGAGUUUGACAUUUUGGCAGAAAACGACGACGUGGAGAGUUUGUCUGGUUCAGACUCGAACUCAGACUCCGAAGAUGAUCUCUACAAUGAAGACAAAGACAAAUUAUCAAGCAUAUUGGAGGACCAGAUAGCCACGAUGAGAGUGACAGAAGAAUCCGAAACUGGCAUUGAAAGCCACUUAAACACCAGGUCGCCACAAAUAUACUUUAAAUCGAAAUUCUUGCCGGAAGAUCAAGUCCUGGGCGCAUACAAAGCUCUAUUUUCGAAGUCUACGAUCGAAAAUGCACUUGAGACCAUUCAAAAUUGGAAUCAUUCCACGUCGUCGAAAGCGGGCUUUGAAAAUCCUUAUUCUGCGCUCUUCAUGGUGGGAGGCGGUCAUUUUGCAGGCGCCAUUGUGUCUCAUAAACGCUUGAACAUCAAGGGAAACAUGACGAAAGGAAAUGAAUCAAUGCAAGAAAGAGCAGUCCAGUUCUUGGAACACAAGACGUUCCACAGAUAUACUACGAGAAGAAAACAAGGUGGAUCUCAAUCGGCAAUGGACAAUAGUAAGGGGAAAGCAAACUCUGCCGGUUCCUCUCUCCGGAGGUAUAACGAGACUGCCCUCAGAACGGAUAUUCAACAGCUUUUGCAACAGUGGCAACCCUACCUGAAAAACUGUGAAAACAUCUUUAUCCGAGCCAAAAGCACAAGCGACAGAAAGAUCUUUUUGGAUGCUAGCGCUUGUCUGGACAAAAACGACGCUAGGAUCAGGUCGUUUCCUUUCACCACCAAACGACCCACUGGUCACGAACUGAAAAGAGCAUGGUGCCACUUGGCCUAUUUGCAUAUAAACAAAAGACCCCAGGCCGACGUCAAAGCGAAAGUUGUAGCCGAGAAAUUUGACAACCAACGUGCCUCUAAAAUAACUUCCUUUCCAAAAGUCGAAGAUCCUGAUGAUAUACACACCCGGGAGCUGAUAUCUCUUUUGAAGAAAUCAAGAGCCCCAGCUCUAAUAUCGUAUCUUCGCAAAAAUGACCUGAACGCCAAUUUCAAACUAAAACCUCAAGAUGACUACUACCAGACACCAACAAUGUUACAUUAUGCCUCUCAGCAGGGCCUGAAAAAUAUGGUAUUGAUUUUACUCAGUAAUCUCAAAUGCGACCCCACUGUUCAAAACAGCAAUGGGAAGACACCUUGGGAACUUACGAAAAAAACCGAGAUCAGACAAGCCUUCCAAGUUGCGAGGCAUAACCUGGGAGAAAACUUCACUGACUGGAAUGCCUCUCGUAUCGAUGUGCCCAUGAGCAGAGAAGACGUAGAUGCAAUUAAUGAGAAAGAGAAGCAGAUGUUGGAAUUAGAAAAAGCGCGUCUGAUGAAAGAGGAGCUAUCGGCUGCCAAGGAGAGACAAAGGUUGGAAAAGGAAGCAAGGCGAGGGCCCGGAAAGAUUCUGGCGCCCCAAUUGUCCUCAUUUCAACAGAAUAAUAACUCUUUAAGUGACAAUCAAAGAAUGCGGUUAAUGAGAGAGCAACGGGCGCGCGCUGCAGAAGCGAGGAUGAAACUCAAUGCUAAUAAGCAAUAG